CCAAAUGGUGAUACACCAGAGGACUCACACAGGCGAGAAACCCUUUGAAUGUCCUGAUUGUGGGAAAAAUUUCAGUCACAAAAGCCUCCUGGUGACACACCAGAGGACUCACACAGGAGAGAAACCGUAUGAGUGUCCUGUUUGUGGCAAAAAAUUCUGCCAGAAGUAUCAAAUGGUGAUACAUCAGAGGACUCACACAGGCGAGAAACCCUUUGAAUGUCCUGAUUGUGGGAAAAAUUUCAGUCACAAAAGCCUCCUGGUGAAACACCAGAGGACUCACACAGGAGAGAAACCGUAUGAGUGUCCUGUUUGUGGCAAAAAUUUCCGUCAGAAGUCCCACAUGGUAAUACAUCAGAUGAUUCACACAGGCGAGAAACCUUUUGAAUGUCCUGAUUGUGGGAAACGGUUCAGUCAGAAAAGCCGCCUGGUGAAACACCAGAGGACUCACACAGGAGAGAAACCGUAUGAGUGUCCUGUUUGUGGCAAAAAAUUCCGUCAGAAGUCCCACAUGGUAAUACAUCAGAGGACUCACACAGGCGAGAAACCCUUUGAAUGUCCUGAUUGUGGGAAAAGUUUCCGUUUCAAUUUUAACCUGGUGAAACACCAGAGGACUCACAUGGGAGAGACCUCUGAAAUGUCCAGUUUGUGGACAGUACUUUAGGCCUAAAUAAAUCCUUAUUGCAUAUAAUAAAAUUCAUAUGAAGCAAAAGUUGAUGAAUUUGGUGAAGGUUUGAAUUUUAUUUCUGAACUCCUGUUGAGAGUGUAGAUGAGAAAUAGACUCUGAAUACUGGCCUGAUCUAUUUUAGUCAACACACUGCAGGUUUAGACCUGUAGUUGGAAAGAAAAAAUGUGGAAUCUGUUAUUUGCUAAAGGUGAACUACCUGUUUCUAGAUAUCAUAUAUUACAUUGAUUGUGGAAUUCCAGCAUGUGGUGUUUCCUGUCAAGGUUCCAAGUAACAUACCUAUAUCAAACAACACUCCAAGAUGGGUAGAUUCCUUAAAGGAUAGUUUUAUUGGAUAUGUCAUAUUGGCACAAGCUGGUGAGAACCGACUCUAAAGGUUCCGGUGGUUUUCACCUAAUUAAAAGUCAACUUUUGCCAUUUUCCACAAUCAGUCACAUGGUCCAAUCUGCAUAUAGUCCGGUUGCUAGAUGAUCUCAGUCUCCUGAGCACCUAUGGGAAUGUCCUUGGUUCCCAAGGGAAAGCCUUUUGUUUUGGCUACGGCACCCCAGCUAUCUCUAUUCCCUCCUCCCUACAAUUCAAGUAGUCCUCGAGAUACAACUGUAAUGGGCCCUGCCAAUUUUGGUUGGAUGUGGUAUCAGUGGAUAAAUGAAUUACCCCCACCCUCUUCUCUCCCUGAUAAAGCCGUGAAAUGAAUGUGCAAGUUGUUAAGCUCAAUAGUGGCUACUUCAGAGUUUGGAGAAGCUCUUGGAGGCCUAGCACAGGUCCAGGUUUACCUAGGCCUUCCCUAUCCCAAACUUUGGGUCCUCCCAGGCCUUUCCCUUCCUUACAGGUCCCCUUAGGCCAUUCCUCUCCCACAGGAUCCCCAUUGCUACUUUAUCCCUGCAAUCCUUAGGCCUGACUUCCUCCUACCAUGCAUCACAGCUGCCUCCUCUAUACCUUUUGAAGAUUUCUGAACCUCAUGUGGGGACAGAGGACAGGACUGCAUCUUUGGGCUGCGUGAGUGCCUUAUGGAAAGAGCCGUUAUUUUGACUGAGCCCAAGAUUCAUCCCUGGACCAUGCAGUGGACUUGUGGAAGCAGCUGCCAUUUUGCUGUGGCUGCCUCUUGUGUCAAUAUGGUGGCUGCUUCUGAGUCACUGGGAGUGGGACAAACUGCUGUUUUGCUACCUUAAAACUAGACUGUGUUAAGAAGUUGUGGGUGCACUGAAAAUGGUGGCUUUCUCUGGGAGACCUCCAAAAGGGCAGGCCAUCUAUGCCUGGGGCACAUGAGAACUGGACAAGUACCCCUUGUGCCAGUUUUGUGCUGCAGCGGCCAAAAACAGCCAAUGCAGUCCUAAACUGCAUCAACAGAAAAAUAAUGUCCAGACAACAAGAAAAGAGAGAAUUGCUUUACACAGUGCUGGUGAUACCACACUUAGAAUACUUGUGUCCAGUUCUGGUCACCGUGAUUUAAAAGUGGUGUUGAGACCCUGGAAAGUGUGCAGAGAAGAGCAACAAAAACGAUAAAGGCUCAUUAGUAGGGACAUGAUAGCUAUCUUCUAGCACUUGAAGAAAUUUUUAAAACAAAAGUUGUACUUCAACCCCCUUUUUUAAUUUUUGUCUAUCGAAGCCCGUAAGUCCUCCAGUUCCCUAGGAGUCAUUGAAUAGAUCCCCUAAACUCCGCUGAAGAUGUUACCUAGUCUGGUAACAAAACGUUCAGAAUCCAACCCACA